AUGCGUCGUCGCUCUUCAUGGAUUCCGGCGCUGGUCCUGUGCUACAUGUUCACGGCCUUCUUCCCUGGACGACCGCAGGCCUUCGCUAAGGACAUCGCCCCCCCGGAGAGUCAUCCUCACAGCCACACAGCUCUGAUUGUCGCCUCAUCCCUGGUCGCUUGCGGCUUGGCCCUUCCCUGGCUCGGUCAGAAGAUCCGCGAAGGCAGGGAAGAAGGCAGGAUGCGGCGGCUCAUUGCGGCGCAUCCCUCCUUGGAGAAGGAGCUGCGCGGCAUCGCCAUGGGUUCAGGGGAGUUGGACAAGUACCCAGAGCUGGCGUCGGACGUGGAGGUAGCGAAGAUGGCCGUGGCAAAAGACGGCUACGCCUUGCAGCACGUCCCGGCCUUCCAAAACAACGCCGAGGUGGUGAAGCUGGCCUGCGCCCAGAGCGGCUAUGCCCUGCAGUUCGCCAGCCCCGAGCUUCGCUCGGACCGCGAGGUGGUCCUGGCAGCGGUGGCCCAGGUCGCCUACGCCUUUCAGUAUGCCUCCGAGGAGAUCCGGGGAUCCGAGGAAGUGGUGCGCCAAGCCGUGAAGAGCCGCGGGAACUGCUUGGAGUUCGCCUCCGAGGCCUUGCGCAAGAACCGGGACGUGGUCAAAGUCGCGGUCGCGGAGGACGCAAAUGCGCUCGGAUAUGCCAGUGAGGACCUGCAGGCUGAUCCUGAGCUGCAAAGGGUGGCCGAGAAGGCAGCAGCUCGACGUGCCCGGCAGUGGGCCGUCAUAUUGUGGGUGGCUAAUAUCGGCCAAAGGCUGCAACGGAUUCGCCUGCUAUUCUCCCGGAGCUAG